GGUCAAACAGGUGAAAGUAAAAGUGGUCGAUGUUAAUUAUGAUGUGAUAUAAUAAGAUUUAUUUUAACAUGCUAUUAGAUGGCUAACCUCUAUUACCAAUAAAAUUUAAACUUUCACAAUGGAGCAGGAGUUUUUUGAAAUUGAUGGCAAAAAUGCUUGGGCUGAAGUUUUCCAGCAAAUACGAAGUGAAUCAUUGAGUUAUAACUUCACCUACAAAGAUGCAAGAAAAGCUGAAAACAAGAACUUGAACCGAUAUAGGGAUGUGAAUCCAUAUGAUCAUAGUCGUGUUCGAUUAAGUAAAGGAGAUAAGGACUACAUUAAUGCUAGUCAUGUUGAGGUACCAGCUGCCAGACGUGCCUAUAUUCUUACACAGGGUCCAUUACCAAUAACUACAGGACAUUUUUGGUUAAUGAUAUGGGAACAGAAGUCAAAGGCUGUUCUUAUGUUAAAUAGAGUUAUUGAAAAAAACACAGUGAAGUGUCACCAGUACUGGCCUUUAGGUAGUAAGCAUGAUGGAGAAGAUGAGAUGUUACUUACAGAUGUUAAUCUUAAAGUGGGUUUUCUCGGAGAAAAAGAAGCCUCGUAUUACACUGUCCGAGAACUGUUACUCACAGACUUAGAGAGUAAGGAAUCUCGAGUGGUAUUACACUUUCACUAUACAACUUGGCCUGACUUUGGAGUACCAGAAUCCCCAUCAGCAUUCUUCAAUUUUCUUAUGGCCGUCCGAGAAUCCGGAGCUCUUAACCAAGAUGUAGGGCCAGCUGUUGUACAUUGCAGUGCAGGGAUAGGGCGCUCUGGGACCUUCUGUUUAGUGGAUUCCUGUCUUGUUUUGAUUGAAGAAAGUGGAUGUACAGAAACAAUAAAGGUACGAGAUAUUUUAUUAGCAAUGAGGAAGUAUCGCAUGGGGCUUAUUCAAACACCAGAUCAGUUACGCUUUUCAUACCUUGCCAUAAUAGAAGGUGCAAAGCAGAUUUUGGCUGGUCAACAAUCCUCAAAAAAAGUGCCUUGUACACAUCACUCCGAAAUUCAGGAUGGAAAGAUUAUAAAGAAACAAGUAAACAACAUAGAUGUUAGGGGGUCAGGAAGUAAGAAUGCAGAAGUUGAAUGUGAUGGGAGGCAACUGUUAAUUGAAAAAGAUGACAGUGAGACAGAACCACCACCACUGCCACCUCGAACCACCAAGCCACUAACUGAUAUAUCAGAUCAAAGACUCAUUCCAGAAGAUAGAAAAGUGUUCACUGUAACUGAUACACUGAAAACUGUAUAUAGUGACUCACCAACUUCAGGCUUAGUUGGUGAAAAGUGGAAUGACAUAAAUGUCAUUGGAGAAGAUAUUUCCAUCAACAAUAAAGAUUCAUCUUUACUCCUUGAAAAUAAUGUUGAUGGUGAAUUACGAAAACGAAACUGUAAAGAAUACACAGACAAGACAGCUGUCACUAUCCACAAAAAACGACAAGACUCUGAAACGUGGAGACCGCACAGUUUGUUACUAAAGCAGAUAUCAGUAGGCUUAGUUGUACUGUUUGGAACAGGAGUUUUGAUGUAUCGAUAUUACGUAAGAGGUUGAAAAUUUAUUGAAGCCAACCCACGUAAUUAGUUAAUCUUUCAUAUUUUUAAUUCACAGUUUUACGUUAUCAUAGAAGAAACACUUUCACUUAAUUAUUUCUCAUGAUGACAAUCAAUUCAAUUUCAUUUAUGUUUCAUUGUAACCAGUUUAUUUAGUAAAUAUUGAAGCUUUUAAGUUGUAUAUCUCUUUGCUAUUAUGUAGGGAAGUUAACCUAUGUACUCUUAUUAGAAUUGGUUCUUUUUUAUAAUUUAGAAUGGUGUUUUUUUUUGUAGUUUUUGAAAUUUAUCUCCAAAAAAACAAUUUUGUUAUUUAUUAAAAAGAGAUAAAAACAAAUACACAAUAAUUAUUUUGUUUUUCAAAUAAAGAAAGGAAGGUUAUUAAAACUAACACAAUGCAUUUCUAUUUUACCUGUUAUUAUAAGCCCAAAAGUUGAUUGGAAAGGUUAUUUCUAUUUGAAUUAAAAGUGUGAAAGAAGUGAAUUUUAUUCAAACAACAUUUUUAAUACUAAGAACAUCAUUUCUUGUAACACUACCCUGAUUAGUUAUUAUUUAUUGCCAUGCUAAAAAACAAAAAACCACAUUGCUUUCAUCUCUUCAUUCUUCUGUGAUUUUAUUAUACACAAGUCACUGAAAUUUUACAGUAUUUAAUGUAUAUAUUGUAUCAAUUACUUCAUUUUUACUAUCGUUAUUGAAUACUGCAAAUUGUUUCUCAAAACCUUCAACAAAGUUUCAUACUAAAGGUCAUUUUAAAGCUGAAAUAAGUAUGAAAAACUAAUUGAAAUGAAGUAUUGUGUUUGUUUUUUAUACUGUUACUGUUAUUGUAACUUGCAAAAGGAAGCUUGUUUGUUUUUCUUUAAAGCCUGUAUUCAUUUUAUUGCAAGACAAAUUUACAAGUGUAAUCAAGAAGAUGACAGUUUUAAGAUCAUUGUCAGACCAUUGUUUACACAUUUAUUUCUCUAAGAGGAAUCUUUUGUUUUAUACUGAGAAAUAUAUAGUCGUACAAGUUUAUAUUUUUAUUGAAAUUUUUACCGUGCUGUAUAUUUCAACUUUCAAAAAAACAGCAAAUAUAACUUCUAAGAUGAAGAAAUGACUUUCAUAGCAUUAAAGGUAUUUAGAAAGUCAUAUUUGGUAAACUUAUCUAUUAUACAUCUUGCUCAGACAUUUUCCAUAAAAGUGAAGCUUAACUGUGAUUUUACAAGUGUAUUUACAUAAAGAUCUUGGAGAUUUCUUGAACAAUACAUAAACCUAUAAACCUACAGUUUCAUAAAUUUAUAAUAAAGAUUGCCUUGCAUGUUAAUAUGGAGGUUGUUUGUGCUUUUAUAUUUUAAGCCAUUCUAGGUAAUAAAGUACAAUAGCUGAUAUGUUGAAAUAUUAAUAAAGUUGCCCCCCAGUAGCACAGCGAUAUGUCUGCGGACUUACAACGCUAGAAACCAGGUUUUCAAUACCCGUGGUGGGCAGAGCACAGAUAGAUAGCCCUCGUGUAGCUUUGUGCAUAAUUAAAAACAAACUAACAAUAAUAAAGUAUUACAUAAAAGAUCAAGCAUUUUCAAAAAUUGAGCUUCUCUUCAAAAGUAAGACCAAAAAUGAACAUCAUUCUUCAAUAUAUAUUCUGCUCAUGGGCCAAUAUUGUUCAUGUUAGUAUAUGAAAUGUGUAAUGAUAAUCUUUGAAGCCGCUGGAAAAGUGCAAUAACUCUCCAGAAAAACAAAUUAAAAAUUGUUUUUGUACUCAUUAAGUUGUUUGUAUCAUGAACGUUUUAACAUCUUAGUUACACUUACUUUUCACAUUUUAUACUGUAUAGCAGUACACAACAACCUCAAGACUGAAUUACUAAGUAUACACGAAUAAUUGAGAAUAAGCUCAUUUUUUAUUCAAUGAAGUUUUAAAUAUCUAGGCAGAUGGGAUACUUUUGUACUUUUGCAUACUACUCCAUUUUUUUUUUUUAGUGAUGAAUUUUUCCAAAAUAAUUACUUGUUGUAGGGCAAAAAACUGAAAACAUUAUUGCCAUGGUGCAAUUAGUGUCGUAAGAAAUACAAAAAAAACAUAUUUGCAUGUUUUUCCAUUUUACAAGCAUAGUACCACAAAUAGAUUAGUACAGAGGAGGGUUAGUGGUAAUUUUCAGAUCUUACAUUGCUAAAAUCCAGAGUUUGGGUUCCAGAAGGUUGAAGUGCAGAUAGCCCAAUCUGUAACUUUGUGGUAAAAAAGAAAACAAAAUGAUAUACAACAUUGUUGACUAAAAUGUGCUCUAUUGGAUAAGUAUAAUUAAGGAUAUUCUCAUUCUAAAUGUUGUUGAUUAUCAAAUUUAAUAAGUAAUGUUGAACCCAUAGUAGUGCAAGUUGUCAUUGAGAAAAAAAAUGUGAGAUUUGAAUUAUUUGCGUACUUAACGUUUCAGCUGUAAACUAAGGUGCCAGGUGUUUUUAUGUGUAUUUUUUUUUUUUCAAAUAGUAAAUUUUAUGAAUAUAUCUCAUGCAUUUAAUGCAAGAAAAUGAACUUAAGAAAUGAAAAUCUACGACUGAUAUUUUUGGAAAUUAUGAUAUUUGCUCAACAUAUUCAUGUGAAUUAGUGUUAAUUUUGUUAUUGCAUUUUUUAAAUUUAAACAGUAGUGUUCAUCAUUAGUCAGUUGGAAGGAAAACAUAAAUUAUGUCCAGGUUUGAAAUGUUUUGAUUAUAUCAAGGCUUUUGAGCUUUGGCUUUGGAUGCAAUAUAUCUAAUAACUUUGUCUUCCUCACAAAAUGGUGAUGUAUAAAAACAGAUGAAUUGUUUUGGGUAAAGGAGGAACUUAAAAUAAGGUGGGCAAUAAUGUCUGUGCAUUGAAUAUGUUCUCUUUAAAAAAAUUUAAAAUAUAUACAGGAAGAGACACACACACACACAUAUAUAUAUAUACAGAGAGAGAAGGAAAUAAGUUAAUUAGUAUACAUACAUAGAACAGCUUAAUCCAUAGAAGUACUGAAAAAAGCUGGGACAUUGUCAUAUAUCUACAAUACCAUGUAACCCAUGUUAUUUUUACUGAAUUUCUGUACAUGAAUGUUGAAAAACUAGUUUGUUUCUACUGUUGUAAGGAAAUGUAAUGCAAUAUCUAAACAGUUCUUUUCUUAAUACUAAUCAUCUUAAUAAACUCUUCAUAAGUGAAAUAUGAUAACAUUCACAGGACAUUGAAUUAUUUGUAUUUUAGACUGGCCAAAAAGCAACAAUUAUGUUUGCAGUUGUUUUUCUGUUGGAAAGUUGUCACUAUAGAAAUUUGUUUCAUAAUAGUUAACAUUAAUACUUUAACUUCAUUAUUAUCUUUUGUUAAAUUAUGAACAUAAGAUUUUCUAUUAUAAAAUGCUUUGACUGGGACCGAAGAGUUACAGUGUAUUCCUGUACUGUUAUAUAACUCACCUAAAGUUUGCUUCAGUAUUGCUGUUUUUAUAACAGGGCUUAUCAUAUCUGAAAGCUUUUUAAAUUGCUGAACAAUUACAGCAGAACCUUGCUUUUUUCUAUGACCAGCAGGAAGUUUUUGAAUAUAAAUGAAUGUACAUAUUUUCUUAGGAAUAUUGUAUAUAUAUACUUACACACAUACAUAUAUACACGAGUCUGUGUAACUGGUUUUAUUUGUUUAUAUUUAGAUUAUCAAAGACAGCAAAUACAUGACAGUAGAAACUAAGAUUUCUGUACUGUCAAUUAAUUAGACUUCUAUAAUGCUGAUUACUCAUGGUAAUGUCUACUUAAUAAAAAUGGUUUAUCUAAAACAUACAAAAAAGCUUUUUUAACUGUUAUUUUAGACAAGGAAGCUAGUACUGAUGCAUAUGUAUGCAUGUAGUUGUAUAUAUAUCGAUAUAGUUAAGUUUCUGUAGAUUUUUUUCAUUUUCAAUUUGUAGUAAGAAGUAAAGUUUAGUGUAAUUUUUAAAACAUGGGUUACCUUGUAGUACUUGCAUCUAGGUUUCAAGUAAAUACUUUUAUAAAUCUAAACAAUUAUUUUAAUUAUUAAUAAAAUCUUAAGUGAAUGCUUUAUAUUAAUUAGCUAGCAUUAUAUUCAAAAAUAUUUAAAAAAUAAUAAAAGAAGCUUUGCAAUUGGUAGACAAGUGUUUAUGUUAUGUGGAGGAUUUAUGAUUAAUAGAGAAGAUAUAAGGACUAUUUAGUAUUGCAACUGAACAACAGUUUUGUUUUAAAAUGAUCCGUUGCAUAGUAAAAACCAGGCAUAAGUUUAUACAUAUCUAUUUACAUCAAGCACGUAAUACUGUAAUAGUUUCUGAAGUUAUUUCUACAGCUAUUACUUAGUAUUUGAUUUUUACAGAUACUUUAAACUGUGUUAACUCUCAACAUUUUGUUUACUAUGAUUAAGCUUCAAGCAAUAUAACAAUACAAUGUUGUUUGAGCCAAAUAUCAAUCAUGCUUUGCUUAAAAGAAAUAUUUUGAGAAAACUAGAAAAGCAAUUAUGAUUUGAAUGAGUAUAUUAGUGUUAUAUUGUUUGAAGGAAGUUUCUUUCCAUUGUUGUAAAUUACAUUACAAAGGUCAAAAACUUGCUUGGGUAUCCUGAUUUAUCCCACCCCAUAUGGUUACAUUAUAACAGAAAUUCAGAUGUGUUUCAUAUUUAUAUUCAUUCAUAAGAUGUUAAAAUUUUAAAUAAAAGCUAAACUUUGAAUAAUCCCAUUUUGUUUGAUUGUUUUAGGGGCAGCCUGUAAUCUCACACAUAAUGUGUAUUACUGUAAAAGAUUCAUCAUUGAGAAGCAAGUCACGGUUUUAUAUUUAUUUUCACAUAUUUCAUUUUGUGUGUCUCUGAAACAUGUUUGGAGUAUACCUCAUAACACUGUUGUGUAUAUAUUUGUCUGGUAUGACUGUUUAUAAACAAAUAUGGCAUAUGUAUCCAAAAAAAAAAUCAU